AUGGCCGAAUUCACGGCAGACCAGAAAGAGGUGGUGGAGCGGAUUCUGCGUAUAGACAGAACGGACUACUACAAGAUCCUGGAUGUGGACAAGACGUCGAGCGAUGUGGAGAUCAAGAAGUCGUACCGGAAGCUCGCCAUCAAGCUUCAUCCGGACAAGAACAAGCACCCGCAGUCGGCGGAGGCGUUCAAGAAGCUGGCCAAGGCGUUCGAGGUGCUGAGCGACUCGGCCAAGCGCAGUGUGUACGACCAGACGGGAGCUGACCCAGACUCGCGGGGCGGCCCGAGUAUGUCAUCCAGCGGGGCAGGAUUUGGCGGAGCCAACCCUCGAAUGAACCCGUUCAUGAACAUGAACGGGGGCAUGCCGCAGGGGUUCAUGUUCGACGACGACAUCCUGAAUAUGUUCUUUGGAGGACCUGGAGGCGGCUUUGGCGGCAACACGUUCACGUUCCACUUUGGCGGGCCCGGAGGCGCAACAUUCCAGGCCCCGCGCGGGUUUGGACAGAGGCCGCAGCGACCACGUCCUGGGACGCGUGCGGGUGGCCAGCGCGGAGAGGACAACAAGCUAUGGGACAUAAUCAGCCAGCUGGGGCCGCUGCUGGUGGUUCUGAUCCCGGUGAUACUGGGCACGCUGUUUGGCGACAGCUCGUCGAACUACUCGAAACUGCCGAAAUUCGCUUUUGAAACGUCGCCCGGGUUCAGCGCGGAGCGGCUCACCCCGACGCACAAAAUACCGUACUACGUGAACCCGGCCUCGCUGGAGGCGUACAGCGGAGGGUCGGAACGCAAGUUGCGGAACCUGGACCAGUCGGUGGAAAACUACUACAUCAACGACCUUCGAAACAAGUGCCAGCGGGAGGAGGCGUACAGAGACCGCAUGAUCGAGGACAGCUACGGGUGGUUUUUCGUCGAUAAAGAUAAGCUCGAGCUUGCGCAGCAACUAGAACUCAAGAGCUGCAACAGAUUACGGGAUCUGAACUUAAUCUAA